AUGGCGUUGUCGAUUUUCGUUCCGAUCGCGUACAUCGUGACACUAUUUGCCUCUCUCUCUCUGUUUUCAAAGCUGUACCGUCGCCGUACCCAGAAGCGUUUGGAUAGGUUUCAAGCCGCUUCCUCGGCAGACUCAGAGCUGCAAGCUGAUCGCGCUAUAUACAAAGCGCUAGGAGAAAUCCAAGAGGUGUAUCCUGAUGCGCCUGCUAACUCUGAAGAAUGGAUUGUUCCUCGUGUUACACUGCAGGCCUCGCUUCUUUCGCGUGCUGUAGCUGCAUUGCGCCGUAUGAGUGAGCUUCGUAUGGAUAAGCAGGCUCUCCAGACUCUCUUGGACCGUGGCUCCCUUGGUGACGAUGCAGCGGUGAUGCUGGAGGCCAAAGAAAACGAGGCACGUGCCGAAGCUUUCGAGAUCGCUCGUGAAGCUGGCCGCUUUAACCCGAACUGGAGCAAGCUCAUCUUUGAAAAUGCAAACCAGAUCUCCAUCAAUCUGCAAUUCCGGGAUGUGCUGAUGAACAUUUCGAAACAACGUGAGGAAGAAGUGGCCAAAAUGCGUCAAAUGGGCCUCGAAGUGCCUGAGCUUAAAUUUGCUGUUACGCCUACGCCUGCCUCCAAAACGGCAGAAUCGUCGAAUUCGACUUCUUCAUGA